CUCUACACAUGAGGAGACAUCGAGCAUUUAAUCAGCGGGAAACGCUCUCUGUUUAAUCAUCAUCCGAGACCAUGGCGAAACUCCCAGCUAUCGAAGUGGUGGCCAUUGAGGAACAUGGAACAGUGCUCGAGACUACGAUGCGCUAUGUUCUUUGGGCUAUAGUCGUUCUGAGCACGAUGAAAGCCCUGCUCUUCAUAUACCAGUCCUUGACAUCACCUCUACGCACGGUUCCUGGCCCGUUCCUAGCCCGCUUCGGUCGACUGUAUUACUUCUACCGGGUGGCACUAGGCCGCUGGGAACACGAUGACAUUGCCCUUCAUCGUCGGUAUGGUCCCGUGGUCCGCGUGGCCUCGGACAUGUACAGCAUCGAUUCGCCCGAAGUGGUCAAGAAGGUCUACGGAAUCGGCUCGAGGUUCGCAAAGGCUGACUGGUACGAGGCGUGGAAGCAUCCCAGUCCAGACCGAUGGACCUUGUUCCCAGAUCGAGAUAUGAAGAGACAUGGCGAAACGAGGAAAAGGUUUCAAGCCAUGUACUCCAUGUCCAGUCUGGUAAAUUACGAGGGUUAUGUGGAUGAAUGUGCUGAGAUAUUCGGCCAGCGGUUGACCGAGUUUGCUCACCAGAAGGAGGUUGUGGAUAUGGGGAAUUGGUUUCAGUUGUAUGCAUUUGAUGUAAUCGGCGACAUUACAUAUUCUCAAAGAUUUGGAUUCCUGGACAAAGGAGAAGAUAUUGCUGGCCUCUUGAAGGCUUUGCAUGGGGUGCUGCGAUAUGGAACAUUGGUUGGGAUCUAUGCCAGAUGGCACCCAUUUCUUUUUGCCAUUUCAGCCAGACUAGGAUGGGGCGGUGCGGCGGGUCGCAAUUAUUUGAUGCGCUAUGUCAACGAGAGGAUUAAACAGAGAAAAGAGGAGAGACAAGGUGGAAAGGAUGGCGAAAAGGAGCGAAUGGAAGUGAGAGAUGAAAACGCGCCGAUGGACUUUCUCGACAAAUUGAUGACGGCCAACGAGAAGGAUCCGGAAAAGGUCACAGCAUACCAUGUGUUCAUGAUGGGGGUGUCCAACAUCAUUGCUGGGUCGGAUACAACGGCGGUCAGUCUGUCAUCCAUCCUGUACAACCUUCUGAAGCACCCUCGAACCAUGGAGAAGCUCCGCAACGAGAUCGAAGAGCACGAGAGACAGGGUCGGUGUGGCAACCCCAACAUCUCGUUCAAGCAAAGUCAGGAGAUGCCUUAUUUGCAGGCCGUGAUGAAGGAGGCACUGCGAAUGCAUCCCGCAACAGGAUUGCCCAUGUGGAGGGAAGUUCCUGACGAGGGAGUCGAUAUCUGUGGACGUUUCUUCCCCGGUGGUACUCUGGUGGGCAUCAACAGCUGGUGUGCGCACUACAAUCGAGAGAUCUUUGGCCACGAUGCUGAUGUCUUUCGACCCGAGCGAUGGCUGGAGGUCGAGCAGGAAGGCGGCGAACAAUUCAAGGCGAUGGAAGGCUAUUGGAUGCCAUUUGGAUUAGGAUCGCGGACCUGCAUCGGACGACAUAUCUCUUUCCUCGAGAUGUCGAAGCUCAUCCCCCAGAUUGUCAGAAGAUUCCACUUUGAACUGGACAAUCCAAAUAAGGAAUGGCAGACCGAGAACAACUGGUUUGUCAAACCCAUCGAUUUCAGGGUGAGAGUGCAACUCAGAGAGUAGCCUUGAUUGAACAAGGUUAUGCAUCAAGUUUCAUUUACUGGGAGGCUGAAAAGGUGCAAAACCAACGGGGGUUGGAUAUGGUAUGCAUGGCUCGUGUGGAGAAGGAUGAUGG